AUGUCUGCAGGACCAAAAUCACCAACCUUAGCUGAACUGCCAAAGCUUCCAGAAAGUUUGGCUAAAAGUGUCAAGGAAAGCCAUGAUCUGAAACAUGUGGAAACUGCCGAAAAGCAGUAUAUCCCGAGACCAAUGGAUGUCGCUGCUGAAAAGGUGGACCCAGUUCUAAAAGAAGCUAUCAUAUCUCAUGACAGCAGUUGCCUGAAACAUACGAACACCGUGGAAAAAAAUGUCCUUCCGUCCCAUGAUGAUGUAAAAAGGGAGAAGAUUGAAGACGAAAUGAAAGCGGGUAUUAAACAGUUCAAUCCAGAAAGCUUGCGAAGUGUUAGUACGGAAGAAAAAAUUGUACUUCCGUCACCAGAAGAUAUUGCUCGAGAGAAAGUACCAGGCCUUAUCACAACUUUCAACUCGGAGAAGCUCAACCAUGUUGAACCAAUGGUUAAGAGCACUUUACCCGACGCAAAUGGUAAGCUGGAAACUGUUUUCAAAUAUGAACAUUUGCUAGAAUUCGCUCGCGAAAACUUGAAAAGCCUUGCCGCCAGUUUUGACCAUGGAGGACUGAAACACGUAGAACCGGUCAUAAAAACAAACGUUGAAGGUGAACUACUUUUAUGUUCAGUAACUUCACAAAAGGAGUGUAUAACGUGUACAACGUAG